AAAAUUUUCAAUAAAUUAAAGGCAACUCAAUUUAAAAUUGUAAAUUAAUAAAAAAAUAGUUAAAAGUUUAGAUUAUCAUUAUUUAAUACAACUAAGUAUUUUAAACAUAUUUAUUUGAAAAUAUCAAUUUAAUAAUAAAUUACUAAAAACGAUUCAAGCUUUGAAAUGUCUUAUGGAAUAUUCAAUUAUGAAAACGAUGAAAUUGGUACUUGCAUGAUGCUGAUAUAUGAUUUAGAAGAGCCCAAUUAAUAGCAAAAAAAUAAUAUAGUAGUAAAUAAUAAAACAAGUGCAUAUAAAUAUGAAAGCGAGUAUUCAAUUAAAUCAAGAAAUAGUGAGGAAACUACAAAUAGGAAAUAAAGACCAAUGAGUGGUAUGUCAUAUUAAAAAAAGUAAGUAAGUGACACUAACUUUGGAUUUAAUCAAAGUAAGUAAAGUGAUUAUAACUUUUUUGGUUCAUCUCAAACAAGCAAUGGUGUAAGUAAUUAAAAUAAUCAAUAUAUGCAAUAAAAUUUAUAGAAUGGCAACAAUAACAACAAUAUGAAUAUGAAUAACUUAAAUUCAAACCCAAUCACUCAAAAUUUUUAAUCUACAAAUUAACCAAUAAAUUAAAAUAAUGGAUAUAUGAAUGCUAAUCAGUACUUUCCUGGUUAAAAACCUAUGUAAUCUCAACAAUAAUCGCAGUAGUAUUAAUAGCAAUAAUAGUAAUAAAAUUUACCUCAAAAUAACGAUUAUUAAUUAUAAUAUUAAACAUUUUCCAAAAUGAUGAAAAAUAUGGAUGAAGAUACUUUCAAGUAAUUUAUGCAGCAAUAUUAAAUGGAACAAUAAAUUGGAAAACAAAAGCCUAAUUAUAUGUGA